UACCGCUCUCUAGCGUAAUUUGGUUCUUUAAUUCGCAACACCGAACCGCGCGACUUAGCAACUGUAAGAUAUAUUUUAAGAACCGUCUUAGAUUCGCUCCAUACGGAAUAAAGUGUUGCAAAUAAUGUCCAAGGACGAAAGCACAAGCCAGCAGACCACUGCUGCUCAAGAUGAUGACGAGCCAGAUGAGUGGGAUAAGAGGAUAUUUAGUACGGGAUGUGCAGAUGAGAAUGCCAAGUUGACCGACUGCUACUAUGAAAAGAAGGAUUGGCGAGCUUGUAAAAAGGAGAUGGAGAUUUUCAAGGCUUGCUGGAAGAAACAUAAUAACGAUCAGAGGACGUCGAUGAAGGAUGCAUGACUGCUCAAGUCAAGUUUACUGAGAUACCGUCUAAAUCGAGAGGGAACAAUCACUAUUUGUAAGAAUACGGGGGGUGGAGGACAGAGAGUUUGAGGUAUUAAUAUUACACCAAUCCCGCUCUUAGAGUCAUACGUCUAGUUGAUGUUGUAUUAUACUAGAGACCAGAAACCAGAGACCAGAGACCAGGUAGGAAUUAUAACGCUGGUUGCGCUGUUUCGCCAGGUCGUAGGUCGUAGGCUGUACCUAGGCCAAAGGCGC